CAUUUGAAACUUAAAAUAAACUAGUUCGAAUUCCUCUUUUAUUGAGGGAUUCCUUUUGCAAUGGAUGCUUACUGCAAAUGUGUAAUGCACGGGGAAAAACAAUACAAUAACAAUAACAAUAACAAUAAUAACAAUACGCGCAGCUCCCAAAAGCAUGAGGAGCAUUAUGCAGAGCAAUCGCAGGUAAAUACGCAAGUGAAUCAAAAGCAUGCGCCAAAGUUGUCUGUGCAUCGCAACAAGGUGCAUCGUCUGGAGGGAUCCAAGGAAGUGAUGCAGAAAUCCACACAGACUUGCAUGCUGCGCACUCAGCCGGAGUCGUUGCAUAAAAUGCGAUUGCCAAAGCAGCAACAGCAAAAACCACCAAUAACAAAAACUUAUAUGGUAUCCCGGCCUGCUCAGCCUGUGCAACCAAAUCGAGGGCAGUUCAAAUCUACUUUUAAUGUGGAUUGCGUAUCAGGUUUGCCAAGUGAGGAUUGUUUGAUUGAAUCAAAAUUUGCUAAACCCGAACUGGACGCCAGCGGCGAUUGUGUGCGGUAUAUAAAUCCCAAUUAUGGCAAGGACUCCAGCAAGACGAUGCUAUCCGAGGUGUACGAGGGAAUGCGUAAGCGAUCCGCUUCCCCGCUGGAAACGACCAGCGAACAUUGCAAUCAGAUUAAUGCUCGACUCGAUGCACUCCUGGCGGAGGACAGUGAAUCGGUGAACAUCGCAAAUUCGAUGCGAAUGGUGAUAGCGGGCAAGAGCGGCACCGACUUGCGUGCCGUUGUGCGCUCGCAGAUACAGAUGCAGCACGAACUCACCCAAUCUAUAUCGAAAAUUGCCAAAAGCACAGAGCGUCUCGUUAUGGGUUCAAAUCCACAGAAAAUGCCGUCGCAGAAAGCGAUGGAUAAUUUAGAUGUGAACAAUGCGUUGGUCACUGCCAAGGAUGUGAUUAGCCUCAAGGUGAUGGCGCCAAUUAUGCGACGCGUUCAACGCUUAUAUUACAACAAUCUGCAAGAGAAAAUUGAGAUCUUAAAUGAUAUGGAAAGGGCCUCGGAACUCGUCGACGAAAUAUACGAAUCUUUCAAUGUGCAGCGGAAUGCGAAAUAGUCGCUAAAAUAACUGCUGCAUUUAUAAUAAAAAUCGUCAUAAUAGUUUAGUUGAUUGAAUUAUACUUUUAAGUCAUAAUAAACACAAUAUAAAAUUGAGA